CAAACGACCUCGAAUAGGCCUAAAGUCGCGUCGCGUGCAAUCCAAUUCAUCUAUGCGUACCCAGAUACAUACCCACUGUCUUGGUAUUACUACAUCUUACGUGCUUCUAUCCUUAUCGAGACUGUUCCUUUCGUAUUCCUCCAUAGUAAUGUACCGCUCAUUCUGCAGGAGCCCCACGUGUUGAACUACCGUCAAGUAAGAUGAGCAUCGACACAGCGGCCCCCACUACUUACUGUGCUUGCCCCAGUGCAAAGCCGGUUGAUUGACACAGCUUCCUGCUUCUUCCGGACAAUCUCAUUUGAUUGCAACCAGAUACGAAGGAAGAUCUCGAAGUCACCUCGUACGCGAUACCGCAUGCCUGUCAUCGAUACUUGGGUGUCUUACUUCCCUUAUUCGGAAAUACCCCCUUUCUGAUCGGGCGAUACGUCUCCAUUGGGUAUCUGUAUACGUUUCUUUGUUUCCUUUGCAUGCCACAUUUUUGUGUGACUUGCUUUCGCCUUUCUCUACCCCUCUUUCCUCGGACUUACCCCGCGAUUAUCGCAUUGAUAAGAAAACGUCGUCAUGAUCUUUUUUGUUUUUGUUAUCACCAUCAAUCGUGGAGAUUGGUGGGAGAGAGACGAAUGCAUGGUCAAUGUCGUUUCAACCUAAUGUGCGGACGGAGCCGAGUUACCUCACUGAUGGGACUUUGUUAUGCGAGCAGGCCACGAGAGUCGAUUCGGCAUGCAGACAAGCAUGCCGAAUCGCUGGUUCAAAUUGUUUACCCCGCAUUUGCGAUUGCGAUAUCAUUCAACGUUUUGCAGUGGCUCCGAUGCUGCUGCUCCGUUUCUACCUUCCCGAUGGUUAGGGAACGCCGAGGGACGUGUUCAUGGAGGGCGGGAGGGGGGAGUUUCGGUUAUAGAGCGUGCUCUAGGGUCUGUAGAUCUGCGGGAUAG